CCCCACAUUUUGUUUUUGUUUUAGUAAACCAUUAAAGGAAGCCAGAGUACAGUAAUUUGAUCCUCCCGUACACUCCGUGUUCAACUUCAGUGGACAGAGAAACACAUCGCCAUGAAUAUUAAGGAGUAUUUUGCAAGAAUUUCCUACAAAGGUCCCCAGGAAUGCUUGGACUUAGAGACCUUAACAGCAAUCCUUCAGCAUCAUAUCCGAUCGGUGCCAUUUGAAGGUCUCAGCAUACACUGCGGCGAAAGCAUUAAGUUGGAUUUAGAACCGAUCUAUGACAAAAUUGUGAAGCAGAACCGUGGCGGAUGGUGCAUGGAGAACAACCAUCUUUUGUUCUGGGUCUUUCAGACGAUGGGCUAUGAUAUCAGCCUUUUAGGAGCGUACGUUUUCAACCCUCUGCAAGACACAUACGGAAAAGACAUGAAUCACCUCCUGUUGAAAGUGGUGAUGGAUGACAAGGUCUACAUUGUUGAUGGCGGCUUUGGGAUAGCCUAUCAAAUCUGGCAGCCAAUGGAACUGGUGUCUGGGAAAGACCAGCCUCAGGCACCAGGCAUCUUUCGCUUCACUGAAGACAAUGGAGUGUGGUACUUUGACAAACUGAAGCGCAAGCAACACAUAAUAGAUGCCGACAACCCCUGUUCUGAUUCUCCGAAAGACAUGACCUGCAAGAAAGUUUUUUCAUUUACCUUACAACCACAGACAAUAGAUGAGUUUCGGCUGAUAAACAAGUAUCUCCAAACAGCUUCCGAUUCCCUGUUUGUAAAUAAGUCCAUCUGCAGCCUCCAGACCACCAGUGGCUUUCAGGUUUUGAUUGGGUGGACUUUCACUGAAGUCACAUACAAUUACAAGGACAACAUAGAUCUGGUAAAAAUCACCACCCUUACUGACGAAGAAGUGGAUAAAAUGCUGCAAGAGCGAUUCAACAUAAGAUUAGAUAAGAAACUUGUCCCCAUUAACACCAGAUUAACACCUGUAUUGUUUUGACUAGCUACCAAAUUUCAAUAAACAAACUGCAUUCAAAGCAGAUUUGGAGGACGAUGCAUGGACGAAACAUUCAAGGAAUUUUAGGAGAAGCAGAAGAGAGAUGUGAAGGCCGGGGAGGGGGGGGCGGAUGUAAAAUUCAAAGGCUUUGUUUUUCCCCCAAAACCUUUUUUUCCCCCUGAAAUGAUUGGGGGGUUGCUGUUAUGUGCCUUCAAGUCCAUUACGACUUAUGGCGACCCUAUGAAUCAGCAACCUCCAAUAGCAUCUGUCAUGAACCCCUUUGUUUAGAUCUUGUAAGUUCAGCUCUGUGGUUUCCUUUAUGGAAUCAAUCCAUCUCUUGUUAGGCCUUCCACUUUUUCUACUCCCUUCUGUUUUGCCCAGCAUUAUAGUCUUUUCUAGUGAAUCAUGUCUUCUCAUGAUGUGUCCAAAGUAUGAUAACCUCAGUCUCAUCAUUUUAGCUUUUAGUGACAGUUCUAGUUUAAUUUGUUCUAACACCCAGUUAUUGGUCUUUUUUGCAGUCCAUGGUAUGUGCAAAGCUCUCCUCCAACACCAUAUUUCAAGUGAUUUUUCUCUUAUCCGUUUUUUUCACUGUCCAACUUUCACAUCCAUACGCAGAGAUCAGGAAUACGAUGGUCUGAAUGAUCUUGACUUCAGUGUUCAGUGAUACAUCUUUACGUUUGAGGACCUUUUCUAGUUCUCUCAUAGCUGCACUCCCCAGUCCUAGCCUUCUUCUGAUUUCUUGACCAUUGUCUCAAAAAACCAAAAAUUCUCAAUUUUUCCCAGGGGUUUUCCUAGGCCUUCACAUCUCCAAUGCAGAAACAUUUUGAUUUCUUGGGAUCAGGGUAGGGAACUCAAUUCAUCAGUGGCAACUGAGUUUUACUUAAGUGUGAGGUAAAUUUGGAGAACAGGUCAAAUGAAACCUGUCACAAAUUUUGAGAGAAAUAAUAAUAAUAAUAAUAAUAAUAAUAGUGGUAGUGGUAGUGGUAGUGGUAGUUGUCGUCAUAUAUUCAGCAGGCAUC